AUGAAUCAAAUAAGGGCAGAUUUCGCAGCCAAAGAAGCUUCCAUGUCAGCCUACCUAUCAACCACAUACCAACUCCUUCAAAAAUUUCAGGCUUACGAGAUUCGGCAAAUCCCCAAGACAGAAAAUAGUCACACCGAUACACUGGCUCGGUUAGCCUCGGCCAUUAAUGACAAAGUCGGGAGAAGGGUGCCAGUGGAGAUCUUGGCUCAGCCAAGCACAGUAACCUCCGAAGUGUGUAUAGUACGAUAUGAGAACACGUGGAUGUCUCCAAUCUACACGUACUUAACGAACUGUACCCUGCCCCGUGACAAGUCUUAA